GUUUGUGGAAAUGUAGUUGAAACGAUUUUGUUUGUUUUUCGAUAUUCAGCGCAUGGGAUUGAUCUGAAAUGUAUGUUUACAUCUAACGUUAAGGGCUUUAUUUACACCGCCUCAGAUUUAAUUACAUAUUUUAUUCCCCUAACGUUACUGCCUAAAUCUUUCAUUCGGCUAUAUUUUCUAUAAGCCUGAAUCUGUUUGUUGAUUAUGUGAAGACGUCUCCAGAGAUCAACACGUGCUAGCAUGAGCAAGAAAAUGACUGAACACGAAUACUCCAUUGACAGGCAUCACCCCGCAUCUCCAGCUGAGGAAACCACAUCACAGACUAAUGUCAUUCUUGUCCCACAGCUGGAAGCAGAGUUCAGCCGAGCAGCCAUGAUCAUCCAGAGAGCUUGGAGAAAACAUGUUGAUACUGCUGUUUUCAAGCACCUCAAGAAGCUUCUGAGCUUCCAUAAUCAAGGGGAUCCACGUCUCCUCCUUAGAUUUAUUAACCCUGCUGAGGCUAAUAUUCUGGAUGCUGCUUCAGGGGCUCUUAUCAGAUUCCGAUUGGGUGGGUCCCCUUAUUAAACCAAGGUUGUCACAGCGGAAUGAACCACCAACUUAUCCAACACAUGUCUUACGCAGCGGAUGCCCUUCCAGCUGCAAACCAUCACUGGGAAAAUGCCCCAUUAAAUCACCAUUCUGAUGCUCGGUUUGAACUGCAGCAGAUCGUCUUGACCAUGUCUACAUGCCUUACUGCACUGAGUUGCAGCCAUGUGAUUGGCUGAUUAGAAAUUUGCAUGAACGAGCAGUUGGACAGGUGUACCUAAUAAAGUGGCCAUUUUCCACGUCUGAAGACCCAAUCUUCAAACUAACUGAAGAUACCAAGAAGACAGAAUUCCAUCACUGCAAAAUCCGCCGGCAGCAAGAUGUUGCUAGAAAAAAGAAGAUGCGGAAAAUUGAAUGGAUGAGGAAAAUGUAUGCGGAAGGCCGUACAGGACACAGUAAAACAGCACAACAGCUUCAGAAUUCCCCAGAGACAUUGUUAGAUUCAUUUGAAACUUCCGACUUUGAGCAGGAAGUGGAUGAGCUGCUAGCGUGGACCAGAGCUCUUGAUUUUGAUGACUAUAUUAAUGAAUGGAGGAAUUUGGGCACCAGCAGAUGUUACAUAGUUGACAAAGAUGAGCUUUCUGUGGAUGUUCAGCGAGACUUUGGUAUAUGUAAGAUUUCUCCGCUCAGACAGGAUGAGAGUCAACAUCUGGAUCUCAUCUGAGAGUUUUUACUCAUUUGAUUUAUUAAUUUGAAUAAAUUAAAAAGUUCUGAAUCAU